AUGUCGUUUAAAAGUAAUCAGUUUUCAGAACCCCAAACAAAUGGUGCGACGCUUGAAGACCAUCUAAAUAUAUCAUGUCAAAAAGUCCAAGCACUAUCGCGAAAUCCAGAUUUUUAUAUAAAGUGUGGUCUUAGAGAACUUGAAGUUCUCAAUGACUGGAGCGUUACACAGGCACAAAUGAAAAACGACGGCGGAAAGUCAAUAGCAAAAUGGAAUCCGCGUACCGAUUGGCCCUCUACAUUAGUUACUGGAGCCUAUGAUUUUGUCCUCCCAGCACUUAGACGCCCAUCCUACCAAGGAAAUAAUACAUGGGAAGUGAAUUUGGAUGAAAUUAUUUUAAUGGCAUCAACAAAUGAUUAUCCUGGUGAAAUUAAUGAAGUGUGCUUGGACGAUUUUCUAGAUAAUAUUUGUGAAUUCACGGAUCUUCCAUCCCCAUCGUCAAACUUUACAAAUCAUGAAUUGAUUGAUGACUAUGCAAAUGUUGAUGCGCAAGUCACAAUUUUACCGGCUCCGUUAAACGAUGCAGAAGCUAAUUAUUCAUUCGCGAUUUAUCCAAAUUUUGCUUGUUCAAGCAUCCUCGCAAUAAUCUCUACACAAACUGAUACCACAGUGCAUAUAGUAGAUACUGAUGAUAUAUCUAUCUUUAACAAGAUUAUUGGAGGUUAUAAACUCUGCCGUAAUGACCAAGGCAGAGUGGCACCUUUUGUCGCACGAUCCUUAGAAAAUAUUACUGGGAACGAACAUUUCGAAAACCUUUCCUUUUUAAUCCAGGUGCCGUUAAAACGCGAUAACACUCAACCUAUUAGUCCGACAGUUUACAACUGUUCAUUAUUUCCUUCAUUAUCUAAAAAAUCAGGGUAUUCCAGAGAUGAUCGAUUUCCCAUACACGUUACCGCACAUUUCGUUUUAAUCACUAAAGAUGGUAACUUGAAUGAGUAUGAUAUAGCACAAGCAUCUAAUUGGAUUAAAUAUGCAAAAAAGUCUAAAGGCGAAUUAUGGACCAAAGUUUUUUCAUCGAAUAUUGCAACCACGACAUCAAGAACUCAAAUGUCGUGGACUCUUGGCAAUAUACCUCACCCUCCAAGUCCAUCUCAACAAACUCAAACAUUAAUAUCGAGUGGAAAAGUAAAAACAUUAAUUGGUGAACAGACCCUAAUAUCGAGUACAUCGAUUAAAUAUCCUUUGCUUUCAGAAACAUUAAAAUCAUCCAUGGGAAGUGAACCGAAUUCACCGACUACGAUUAAAAACGCAGAUGUGAUAUGUCGACAAUGUCAUGUAAAAUUAAGCUCGACCCAACUUUACGCUCGUUGUAUUUACUGUCCUGAUUUUGACAUUUGUGGGGAAUGUUGUGUAGCUGAAGGUCUUGGGCAUGAUCAGCGUAUCACUUUUGCACGAUGUUCAGUGUAA